AAUUGGAACAUAAGCCUCGCUUCAGACUGACAACAAGUAUGCAAUGGCUGACAGCCUUACAAGUCGCCGAGAGGAAAUGAAAGACUCGGCUUCUUUAAGUGAAAUUGGAUCUGACAAAGGGGACAAUUCUCAGGAAAAUAAAAAUGAGGUUUUUGAAAAUGAUUUGGGAUAUAUCGAAGAAAGAUUUCGUGUUGACAGAAAGAAAUUGGAACAAAUGCUUCAAGGAAAUUGGGAACGUAGGGAUGAAGCAGCAGAAGAUUUUUUCCAACGGGUAAAUUAUUAUUAUCAUUAUCUUCUUAUAGUUUUAAUAGAAAGUUUAUUAUUUCAUCAUAAAAAAAGCUCAUGGAACCUUUGCUGAAGUUUGCUUGGAAUA